AUGGCUGAUGGUAAUGAACAACUUCAAUUAAUCAAAUAUUUAUUACUACAAAUUACAAUAGGUCCGGCAUUAAUAUGUGAUUGUUUUGUCUUCAUAUAUUUUAUUCGUCAUUGGAGAAAGGAGAUUCUUAAGUCACCACAGAAUCAUGCCAUCUUCUGUUUACUUAUGUUAAGUUUCAUAGAAAAAAUUACUGAUGCAACUUUCCUCUUAUAUUAUCUUCGAUGGAGUGUGGUUGUUCAGCAAACAAAUAUAUUUUGUGCAAUGUGGAAUUGGUGUGCGUGUUCAAUUUUGUGUAUGACAUUAUAUGUUUUAGCAUGGUGUUGUAUUGAAAGACAUUUAUUUGUUUUCAAUACUCAACUGAUGAAAAAGCAAUGGUGUUUGAUCUUAUUUCAUUACAUACCUCUGACUAUAUGUUUAUUAUAUCCACCACUUUUCUAUUUUGUUAACAUAUUUUUUCCAACAACGUGUAUAAGUUCAUGGGAUUAUACACUUAUACUUUGUGGAGGUCCAUGCUAUUCUUUUUCGAAUCCUCUUUUAGGUAGUCUUGAUUGGUUAAUUCAUGCUGCUACACCAACUUUUAUUGUUAUUCUUUUAAAUUUUCUUCUUUUCUGUCGUGUUAUAUGGCAAAAGAUCAAACGACAACAACCAGUACAGUGGAAUCGUCAAAGACGUAUGAUCAUUCAACUUGUUUUCAUUUCGACAGCGGUUUUAAUCUGUGUUUUCCCAGCAGUAAUAGUUGGUGUUAUUCAAAGUUUAGGGUCACCAGACUUUCUUUUCGAUAUUCAAUUCAAUUACUUCUAUUAUAUUAUAUAUUUGAUUGACGAAUUAUUACCAUUUACCAUAGUUAGUUCAUUACCUAAAAUGCACAAAGAAUGGAGACACUGGAUUCAUCGUGUGAAAAGAUAUUUUCAUAGCCGGAUACGAGUAGAACCAGGCUUAUCGAUGACAAUACAACAUGGAAAUGGUAGCACCGUUUGA